GGGUUGGCCGCGGCGGCUUGGAGAGCCAGCCCCAUCGGGGUUCCCCGCCGCCGGAAGCGGAAAUAGCACCGGGCGCCGCCACAGUAGCCGUAACUGCCACCGCGAUGCCGAAGGCGCCCAAGCAGCAGCCGCCGGAGCCCGAGUGGAUCGGGGACGGAGAGAGCACGAGCCCAUCAGACAAAGUGGUGAAGAAAGGGAAGAAGGACAAGAAGAUCAAAAAAACGUUCUUUGAAGAGCUGGCAGUAGAAGAUAAACAGGCUGGGGAAGAAGAGAAAGUACUCAAGGAGAAGGAGGAGCAGCAGCAGCAGCAGCAACAGCAACAGCAGCAGCAAAAAAAGAAGCGAGAUAUCCGAAAAGGCAGGCGGAAGAAGGAUGUGGAUGAUGAUGGGGAGGAGAAAGAGCUCAUGGAGCGUCUUAAGAAGCUCUCAGUGCCAGCCAGUGAUGAGGAGGAUGAAGUACCCUCCCCAAAACCCCGCGGAGGGAAGAAAACCAAGGGUGGUAAUGUUUUUGCAGCCCUGAUUCAGGAUCAGAGUGAGGAAGAGGAUGAAGAAGAAAAACAUCCUCCUAAGCCUGCCAAGCCAGAGAAGAAUCGGAUCAAUAAGGCCGUAUCUGAGGAACAGCAGCCUGUGCUCAAGGGCAAAAAGGGAAAGGAAGAGAAGUCAAAAGGGAAGGCUAAGCCUCAAAAUAAAUUCGCUGCUCUGGACAAUGAAGAGGAGGAUGAAGAAGAAGAAAUAAUAAAGGAAAAGGAGCCUCCCAAACAAGGGAAGGAGAAGGCCAAGAAGGCAGAGCAGGGCUCAGAGGAAGAAGGAGAAGGGGAAGAAGAGGAGGAGGAAGGAGGAGAGUCUAAGGCAGAUGAUCCCUAUGCUCACCUUAGCAAAAAGGAGAAGAAAAAGCUGAAAAAACAGAUGGAGUAUGAGCGCCAAGUGGCUUCAUUAAAAGCAGCCAAUGCAGCUGAAAAUGACUUCUCCGUGUCCCAGGCAGAGAUGUCCUCCCGCCAAGCCAUGUUAGAAAAUGCAUCUGACAUCAAGCUGGAGAAGUUCAGCAUCUCCGCUCAUGGCAAGGAGCUGUUCGUCAAUGCAGACCUGUACAUUGUAGCCGGCCGCCGCUACGGGCUGGUGGGGCCCAAUGGCAAGGGCAAGACCACACUCCUCAAGCACAUUGCCAACCGAGCCCUGAGCAUCCCUCCCAACAUUGAUGUGUUGCUGUGUGAGCAGGAGGUGGUAGCAGAUGAGACACCAGCAGUCCAGGCUGUUCUUCGAGCUGACACCAAGCGAUUAAAGCUGCUGGAAGAGGAGCGGCAGCUUCAGGGACAGCUGGAACAAGGAGAUGACACAGCUGCUGAGAGGCUAGAGAAGGUGUAUGAGGAAUUGCGGGCCACUGGGGCAGCAGCUGCAGAGGCCAAAGCACGGCGAAUCCUGGCUGGCCUCGGCUUUGACCCUGAAAUGCAGAAUCGACCCACACAGAAGUUCUCAGGGGGCUGGCGCAUGCGUGUCUCCCUGGCCAGGGCACUGUUCAUGGAGCCCACACUGCUGAUGCUGGAUGAGCCCACCAACCACCUGGACCUCAACGCUGUCAUCUGGCUCAAUAACUACCUCCAGGGCUGGCGGAAGACCUUGCUGAUUGUCUCCCAUGACCAGGGUUUCUUGGAUGAUGUCUGCACUGAUAUCAUCCACCUCGAUGCCCAGCGACUCCACUACUAUAGGGGCAAUUACAUGACCUUCAAAAAGAUGUACCAGCAGAAGCAGAAAGAACUGCUGAAGCAGUAUGAGAAGCAAGAGAAAAAGCUGAAGGAGCUGAAGGCAGGCGGGAAGUCCACCAAGCAGGCGGAAAAACAAACGAAGGAAGCCCUGACUCGGAAGCAGCAGAAAUGCCGACGGAAAAACCAGGAUGAGGAAUCCCAGGAGGCCCCUGAGCUCCUGAAGCGCCCUAAGGAGUACACUGUGCGCUUCACUUUUCCGGACCCCCCACCACUCAGCCCUCCUGUGCUGGGUCUGCAUGGUGUGACAUUCGGCUACGAGGGCCAGAAACCACUCUUUAAAAACCUGGAUUUUGGCAUCGACAUGGAUUCAAGGAUUUGCAUUGUGGGCCCUAAUGGUGUGGGGAAGAGUACGCUACUCCUGCUGCUGACUGGCAAGCUGACACCGACCCAUGGGGAAAUGAGAAAGAACCACCGGCUGAAAAUUGGCUUCUUCAACCAGCAGUAUGCAGAGCAGCUGCGCAUGGAGGAGACACCCACUGAGUACCUGCAGCGGGGCUUCAACCUGCCCUACCAGGAUGCCCGCAAGUGUCUGGGCCGCUUCGGCCUGGAGAGUCACGCCCACACCAUCCAGAUCUGCAAACUCUCUGGUGGUCAGAAAGCGCGAGUUGUGUUUGCCGAGCUGGCCUGUCGGGAGCCUGAUGUCCUCAUCUUGGAUGAGCCAACCAAUAACCUGGACAUAGAGUCUAUUGAUGCUCUGGGGGAGGCCAUCAAUGAAUACAAGGGUGCUGUGAUCGUUGUGAGCCAUGAUGCCCGACUCAUCACAGAAACCAACUGCCAGCUGUGGGUGGUGGAGGAGCAGAGUGUCAGCCAAAUCGAUGGUGACUUCGAAGACUACAAGCGGGAAGUGUUGGAGGCCCUGGGUGAAGUCAUGGUCAGCCGGCCCCGAGAGUGAGCUUUCCUUCCCAGAAGUCUCCCGAGAGGCAUACUUGUGUGGCCUAGAAGUCCCCUGUGGUCUCCCCUUCUCAUCUGAAGACUGCCUCUGGCCUGCAGCUGACCUGGCAACCACUCAGGCACAUGAAAGUGGAGUGUGACCUUGAUCCCACUCUGACUGCAUCUAUUUCUCUGAAAGACUUGUUUGUUCUGCUUUUCUUCAUAUAACUGAGCUGGCCUUAUCCUUGGCAUCCCCCUAAACAAACAAAAGGUGACCACCUUAUUGUGAGGUUCCAUGCAGCCAAGUUUAUGUGGCCUAUUGUCUCAAGACUGUCAUCACUCAGAAGCCUGCCUCUGGUUUACCCGACAGCUUCAGGCCCAGCUGCUCCCUGGUCUUUGGGUGGUGCUGUUCUUUUCUGGUGGAUUUAAUGCUGAGUCACUGGUACAAACAGCUGUUGAAGCUCAGAGCUGGAGGUGAGCUUCUGAGGCCUUUGCCAUUAUCCAACCCAAGAUUUGGUGCCUGCAGCCUCUUGUCUGGUUGAGGACUUGGGGCAGGAAAGGAAUGCUGCUGAACUUGAAUUUCCCUUUACAAGGGGAAGAAAUAAAGGAAAGGAGUUGCUGCCGACCUGUCACUGUUUGGAGAUUGAUGGGAGUAUUGAAACUGUUCUCAGUCUUGAUUUGCUUUAUUCAGUUUUCUAGCAGCUUUUAAUAAUCCCCUCAUCCCCACUAAAUGGAUCUUGUUUGCA